GCUUAACAAAGUAUUAUUUUUCUACUCAUCGAACAUGACAUGCUUGAAUUAAUUUUAGGUCGUGCGUUGAACAGUCGCUAAUUCGAAAAUAUGAUUAUUUCACUAAUAAUAAUUGUUAGUGCUCUCGCAUUCUAUGUUUUAAAGAAAAAUUAUGAAUACUGGGAAAAACGUGGAGUUCCUGGUCCUAAACCAACAUGGUUUUUUGGAAAUUUGGGUGAAAACUUUAUGAUGAAAAAAUCGCUGAUGGAGGUGUACGCAAACGUCUAUCAUCAGUACAAAAAAUACCCAUUUGUGGGAGUUUUUAAAGGAGUAAGUCCAGCGUUGGUUGUUUGUGAACCCGAAAUGAUUAAGGAAAUAACCGUGAAGUCUUUUCAACACUUCCACGACAACGAUUUCGAAGUGGACAAGAAGCUCGAUCCUAUACUUGGACGAAAUCCUUUUGUCCUGAAUGGGCAAGAAUGGAAGACUGUGAGGAGUCAACUAACGCCAGGAUUUACGAGUGGAAAAAUGAAGUGGAUAUACCCUCUUUUAGAAGACACAAGCAACCAAUUAGUCAACUUUAUUUCAAAUCAGCCCAAAGCCACGAAUGGCGAAGGUUUCGAAUCCAAAGACCUGUGCGCAAAAUUCACCCUAAACAAUGUCGCAAACUGUGCUUUCGGCCUAGAAGCCAAAGCUUUUACCAACGAAAGCACCGAGUUCCAAUUAAUCGCAAAAAAGUUCUUCGAAAGUGGUAUCAUCCAGACCUUCUUUUUUGUACUGGCCCAAAUCUUUCCAAGCUUAUUAAAACUAAUCAAAAUAAAGCUGAUACCAAAAGAUAUCGAAGAUCGACUCGCAAACAUCGUCACACAGACUCUAAACUAUCGCAAAAACAACAAUGUUGUCCGUAACGACUUUCUGCACAUCUUGAGUCAGCUGAAGAAAACCUGCAAAGAAUAUGAAUUUACAGAUGUAGAUGUUACGGCCCACGCAUCUGGAUUUUUUAUCGAUGGUUUUGAAACUUCAGCCAGUGUCAUGAGUUUCGUUUUGCACGAACUGGCGGCAAAUGGUGAAGCACAAGGAAAACUGAGAGAAGAAAUCGUGAGUCACUUUCGAGAUAACGAUAACAAGCUUUCGUACGAAGGGUUACAGGGACUUCCAUAUCUAGAUGCUGUCAUUCAGGAAACUUUAAGACUUCAUCCUCCACUUUUCAACUUGGGAAAGGUGUGUACAAAACCGUACACGUAUGUUCCAAAAAAGGGUGACAAAAUUUCUAAACCUGUGCAAAUUGAGAAAGGUACUUCUGUAGUAAUACCAUUGGCUGGAAUACACCGAGACCCGGAAUUUUUCGAAGAGCCUAAUGAAUUUAAACCGGAAAGGUUUAUUGGUGACAACAAGGAGAAAAUUGUUAAGUACAGUUUUCUGCCGUUUGGAGAAGGUCCAAGGGCAUGUUUGGGACAACGAUUCGGUAUGCUCCAAGUCAAAAUUGGAGUGGCCUAUGUCGUUAAAAACUUCAGGUUGUCUGUCAAUGGAAAGACGAAAAUGCCUCUAGAGUAUGAUCCUUUUGCAAUUAUUACCACUCCUAAAGGUGGAAUGUGGAUCGAUUUCGAAAAAAUUGAGUAACUUUUUUGGUGUAUAGUAUUUGAAUAAAGUUAUUUUGCAAUUGA